ACCCACUAAAAAAAAAAAAAAAAACAAACAACAAAAAAAACGUUAUUCUACGGAAGAGAGGAAUUAUUCUUUUAUUCACAGCGAACACACUGCUGAGUCAAUGGCUCCGUGGUCCGACCACAGAACUCUUUGCAGCUGGACUCGGACCCAUUUCUAAGCCAGAACACAAAGCAACCAAGGGAAACCAAGGAACCUGACCACACUCCAGCAGACCCGACUGCUUCCACGAACUCAACAGUCUUCUCCUCAGUUUAUGUCUGUUUAACUCAGCCAGCUAUGCACAAAAACAAGCUGCAGAGAGCAGGACGGAAUUUGGCCUGCACAUGAUAAACAGAGAUAAUAUUCUCCUGAGCAAUUUGUGCUGCAAGGCUGGAGUUCAAACUUUCAGCUAAACCUGGUUUCAAGAGCGUGGUAGUUCUGAUGUCAUUUCUGGACCCACGCUGCUGAAAUGUUAAUUGUUUGGUCUGAAAUCUGAGCAGGAGGAAAAGCGGAACUUCAGGAAGAACUCGAGCUUCUUUAAGCUGUGACCAUGAACCUUCAGGAAAAGCUGUCAGGCCUAAAGGGUCUGGUGUCCCACUCCCACAGCAAGCGGCGUUUCAGAGGAGACCUCACGGUCGACAUGAUCAGCCCUCCACUGGGUGAUUUUCGCCACACCAUGCACGUGGGUCGUGGCGGCGAUGUGUUUGGGGAUACUUCCUUCCUUAGCAACCAUGGCGGAACAACCAACGGGACAGCCAACGGAGAAACAGACGCCGGCUCCACGCCCGACAAUAAGAUCGGCGCCUUCUUCUCCAGGACACUCCGUCAGAUCAGGAGAACCUCUGACAACCAACCCAGGGGAGGAUCGAAGGACCUGUCGCCGCCGCCCCCUGCUGUUUCACCCAUCAUUAAGAAUGCCAUUUCCCUCCCCCGACUGGACUUAGAUAUGUCCAACGGGAGUCCCACCACGAGAAAACUUUUCCCCAGUUUUCAAAGCACGCCGGAGGACAUGAGGAGUGCUUACGGUCCCGAGUCUGGUUUCGUCACUCUGCCUCGUCUGUCACGCUCUGAGCGCCAGCAGCCGUCCGUCUCCGUCUCCACGAAUGUCCACCGUGGCUCUCUUACCGACCCCACUGAUGCCAUCUUAUCCACCUGCUCCACCUCCAUCGUGACUUCUGACCCCAUCAUCACCACCACCACCUACUCUGACUCCCUUCCCUCCCUCACCUCUCUGGAUACCUUCACCUUUGACCUCGGCCCCUCCCUCAUGAGUGAGGUGUUUGGGUUAAUCGACGGCCACAUGUUGGCAGAAGAAGAGGCGGGGUCAGCGUGUGGGCUGACCAAUGAAGGCUCAGAGAUGGACUCCGCUACUAUCUCAUAUGUGGAUUCCCUGCUGAGGGAGGAGGAGGAGGGCAGCGCCAUGGAAACAGCCGGAGGCGGGCACCACAUUAAAGGCGGAGUCACAGAGGUGGUGACGGGGUCUCCGGUGCGAGCGAGGAUAGUGAUGCACAGCGCCACGGAAGUGUUUGUGGGUCACUAUGGAGACGGCAGCCUCUUAAAGGGACAGAACCUGAUGGAGGAUCCAGACUCAGAGCUGGACAAAGUGUCCCACGGUUACAUUGAAGACGAGGACGAAAUCAAAGUCUGAUGUCUGUCUACAAAAAACAAACAAACAAACAAACAAAAAAAAAACAUGCUUCCUCAUUCAUUCCAAUCAAAUCGUCUAAAAGUCACAUGAUCAUCGAGCCUGAGGUGAAAAGUUCAACACGAAUCCAGAUUCUGCGUCCAAAUGUAAAAUGUUACACAAAAAGUGAUGGUGAAUGUAACUAAAAUGACUAACAAAAAGGAUGAUGCUGCUAAUGUUAUGAGCUCAUCUGCAGAAGUACAACCUGAAUAAGGAUCAGGACUUUGUUAAAGAAAGAAAGAAAGAAAGAAAGAAAGAAACCCGAGUGACAGGAAGUGUGGUGUUGUGUGUGGAUGAUGGACAGAGCCUGAAGGGAAACGUCCACGUGAUGCAAAGAAGUGAUGAAACUCAUUCACUUUACUCUUCACUUCCUCACAAACGAGGGCAAACGUUCUCAUCGUCACAAAGCGAAAGUGAGGACAGAAAAAUAAAAUAAAAGAUCUGUGAGAUCUGUGUUUUGACUGCUUGUGUGAUAAAUAUUAAAGAGAAACUUACAGGUUAAAAUUAUUUUAGCGCGUUCACACGUCAGGAUGAUGAACAUGACAAUGUGGGCGAACGUACUUUGUAAGCAAUUUUAUUUUUUUAAACAUUGUGCUUGUUGAUGUCAGACCAGGAAGUCAAAUCUGCAACAGAGGUCUGUCCUGUAGGAGGCAGUAGCGAGUUCAGGCAGUUUUUUUUUUCUGUCUGUGACAUCACAAAGAUAGAGAGAUGACCACCCUGUGACCCUCCCAUGUGUGAUGUCAUGAGGCACAAUGCCUUUGAUGUUUUUCCAGCCUGUGGCUCAAAAUGUUUUUGAGACAUGUAUCUUCAUCUGUUUUUAAAACCCUGUUUUUAUUUCCACAUUGUCAUUUUCAAAGUCUAGAAGAUGAAGAAAUUACGUGAAUUUGAGGCACAUGGACACAGGAAAUAUGAAGUCUGAUAUUUACUACUUUCGCCGAAACCCUGAAUUGUUUAUUUUUAUGUUGCAGACUUUUGUCAAUGUCUGUGAAGCUUUGAUCAUUAUCAACUCCAAGAUCUUUAUUGCUCGUCAUAGAAGAUUUGACAUAUAUAUAUUCUUUAAUAUAAGAUAAAGUGUCCUCCUAGAAUUAUUUAGUAUUUAGGAGCACUCGCAGUUCUUAAAGAAGUGCAAUUUACAUCCAUAUGCUGCAGUAAACAAUCAAUAUACUCUGAUAUAAAAAUAAAAAUGUUUUUACU